GACAUGACGCGUACCCUGUCGCGAUCUCGAGUUGGUGACGUCAGCACCCCUUCGAGAUCAGCUCAUCUCGAUCUCGAAAAAGACGUUGUCUUUGACUUUGAAGUAAGUAAUGUUGCUUUGCUCUCUUCGGUCCCUUCUGUUUCUUCUCUCCCUCCUUCCCCUCCUGCUUGGUUUGCUGCUUUUCAGGCCAAGUUUGAGCGCCAUGAGGAGCGUUUGGCCCAACUGGAGUCCCUGGUCGCCGAGAACUCUGCCCUCAAGAAGGAGCUGGCUGCCGCGCAUGCUAGAAUCUUGGAGCUUGAGUCUCAAGCAGGCUCAUCCGCUGCCUCUCCUUUGGCUGUGUCCAUGGAGGAUGAUCUGGUUGCUGCUCCCUCUUCUUCUGUCUCGCCUUCUGCUGCUGUCUCCAAGUGGGCUCAGGUUGCCAAGAAGAACCCCACGCCUGCGGAGGCUUUUGGUAGGUCUAAGAAGUCCGGCUCUCCCUCGGUUACCAAGGCCAAACCCAAGGCUAGGAUCACCCCUAAGCAACGUAAGGCCGCUGCCCGUAUCUUUUUGAUUUCUUCUCCUGCUGCUGCUGGUACUUGUGUAGACAGACCUCUUUAUGAGUAUGUCUACUUGCCAGACAAGUACCGUGACCGUCUCUCCGCCUUCCGUCACAAGCUGCGACUGAUCGGGCUGGAUAACAGCCGUGUACUUGAUGUGCACUAUCCGGCUCGUAACGUCUACUCGCUUCCGGUCUUGACUGACUUUGAUCCUUUCUCUGGCACCAAUGUCAAGGAUCCUGCCUUUGUCUCUCUGGAUGCUGAUGCUCUCUCUGCCAAAGCACGCGAGCUACAGCAAGCUCGUCUUGUUCGUGCUCUUGGCUAUAUCCGCGAACAGGUUCGUAGACAGGUGGCCUACGACUUUGUUUGUCAAGGUUGGCUGACCAAAGAACAAGCUGGUUCCGUGGUUGGUUCUCUCUCCGCUGUGGCUGGUGCUGGUGCUGGUGCUAACGCUCCCUCUGUCUCUCCUUCCAGUAUGGAUUUUACCUUGGCCGGUGAUGGUGAACCGGUCUCCUCCUCUUAAUGAGCGAGGUACCUAUGGUUCCUUAUGCUCCUAUGACCCCCUCCUCUCCUUCUGCCUAUGACUUCACCAUGACUAUAUGGAAUGCUAAUGGUAUUGCUCGUCAAGCCAUUAGUACGGUUACUGACUACCUCUAUGACUCCUCACUCAUUUUUAUCACCGUAACCUGGCUUCUUCCUCCUCUCCGCUUUCCUACUUCUUGGCAACAGUAUCACACCUAUGGUCAACCUGUUGCUGACUCUUUCCGU